GUCGAUUCCAAAGUUCUGAUGCUCUGCCGGUGCUGGACUGAAGCCCCGAGUGGUCGUCCGGCGAGACCUUUCUCCGUCACGCCGUGGUAAUGAGAUUUUCUUCAUCAUUGUGCUUGGUUGGCGUGGUGGUGGCUGCUCCGGCCUGUAGGCGGUGCUGCCGUCACAGAGGUGAGGGCAACGCGACAGACACAGACACACACAUGUGGGAUGAAUCAGACCAGCGCAGAACUGACACGGCCGUCCGGUUUGGUUGCCUUUGUGUGUGUGUCUGCAGGUGUAUUUGGCCACUGCAGAGGGCGUGGGCUCUGGCGAAACACGCACCUGCCAGGUGGACUAAUGAAAUGCACAGAAGCGCACACACACAGACACACAGAGGGUGCGCCUGUGUGUGUGGUGUCAGUUGGCUGUGGGUGACGGGGGUCCGCUGCCCUUUGGUGAGGGUUAUCUCGAUUUGCGUGUGGAGAUCGCCGUCACAAAGUCGAGAGACUGCGAAAGGGUACGCACACACACGAGAGGCAUGUCGACUUGUGUGUGUGAUCAUUGGCUGGGGCGUGUGUGUGUGUGUGUGUCAGGGCACUGUGUUAUGUUCCAGAAGAUGGCACUGUCGUACAAGCAACUCCCAAUCUGCCUGAUGUGUGGCGUGUUACCAUGUUGUGUGCGCAGUCGGCCGGUCGAUCGGUCAGUUUGGCUGACUUCGGUGUGUGGCACCGCAACGAGAUGAGCGGAGCCCUCCGCGGCCUCACGCGCGUCCGCCGCUUCCAGCAGGACGACGCCACCCGACCAAAUCGCCGCACGCACAACAAGAAACUAACACACACAAGACAGAGAGAGAAGCGUUCAGAAACAAUCAUUUGUGUGAGUGUGGCUGUGUCUACGCGCCUGAGUGUCAGAGCUGAGCUGGACUUUUUGUCCUCUUCGUCUACAAGCGCUUUGGCUUCGACUUCGACCCAAUGGCUGCACUGUCUUCUGUUCCCUGUUGAUCCACAGGGGAAACUGAGCUGUGGGAUAAGGCUGAGGGCUUCUCGCCGGUAAGGGAUCUGCUCAAGGCGACGUCGCCCCCGCCGUCCUACGCCCUGCCGCUGCACGUGACCCUCCGGCCGCUAACAUCCUGCUCGGUGGUGCUCUCUGUGACGAAAUAAAUGAGUGACAGACAGGCAGACACAGUGGGUGGGAUGGCGGGGCGAGUGACGCAGUUGAUUUGGGGGUGCGGCGCGCUGGUGUGUUUGUAUGUCAUUAAUCGGCUGCCAGCGGAUGGACAGCGGGAUGAGAUACCCACAAGACUUUGUGUGAGUGCGUGAUCAUGGCCAAGGGUAUGGGUAUGUAAG